CUCUCAUCUCCAUUCAAAUUUUCAAUGGCCUCAUUUUCACAACCUUCAUUCAUCUCUUCACUUUUACCCAUCAACAACAACAACAACAAGGUACAACAACCCACUAAUUUCAUCGCCUUCAAGAACUCAAGAUCAAGAAUCUCUUCCUCCAAGACAGAAGAAUCUUCUCAAGAAAACCCACCAGAAUCCAAAACCCAGGAACAAGAUCCCGUUAAACUCGCAUUCGCCAAAGCCAAAGCAUACAAAAAUUCAUCAAAGAACGAUGAAAUUAAGGACAACAAAGAGGUCCCUUUGGCUCUUAAACUUGCAAUGGAGAAGGCCAAAAAGUACAAGGACAACAGAAUUCUUCAAGGGUCUGUUCCGAAGAUUGUGCAAAAUUCGGGGGCUGAAAUUGAAUUAAAAAAGAAUGGCGAAGAAGUGGAAUCUGGUAAGGAUGAUGGUGGGCAGGGGAAUAUGAUUAAACUUGCAUUGGAGAAAGCAAAUGAUUACAAGAAGAACAAAAGUGGUGAUGAAAAAUUAGCUUCAGGAUUGAAAGAAGGAAAAGAGAAUAUUCCCGAGGUUAAGAAACCGAUAAAGAGUAGUAGCAAGAAGGAUAAACUGUCGAUUUCGAAUAUCGAUUUUGUUGGGCUCGGUUUUGCUGAUAAGAAGAGUGGUAGAAGUUUGCCUGCUGGUUUGGUUCCAUUUUCGGACCCUUAUCCACAAGGGGAUAUUCCCGAAGUGGAAAUACUCGUUGGGAAUUCGAGCAAUUUUGGUGACGCAUUAGCCGAACCAAAACCAACCUCACUUCAAGAAAAUGAUGAUGAUGAUGAUCAACUGUAUAAACCAAAGGUUUCCACUUGGGGACUUUUUCCGAGGCCAAACGACAUUUCUAAAGCAUAUGGUGGGGGUAGAACUUUACGGCCCGGGCAGGCGCUUGAAACAGCCGAAGAAAGGGCUGCCAAAGAAGCACGUACAAAACAGUUACUAGCUGACUACAAGAAGAAAUAUGGCCUAAAUAUUGAUCCGAAACUGAAAUCCGAAUGCGAAAAGGCAUUGAACGACGGCGACGCGCUUAUGGAUCUCGGUGAACUCAAGAAAGCAUUACCGCUUUACGAGGAGGUCAUGGAAAAGUUGCCGUUUCAGAGUGAAAUUCAUGGAUUAGCUGCUCUUCAGUGGUCUAUAUGUCAAGACUCGAGAAAUAGAUCCGAUGAAGCACGUGUGAUGUAUGAGAAGCUUCAAUCCCACCCGAAUCCUAGAGUGAGCAAGAAGGCUAGGCAAUUUGUCUUUGGCUUCCAGGCAAUGGAAAUGAUGAAGGUUAGGAGCUUGAAUCGUAAGCGUCUCAGCACCGAAUAUCAAAAUUAUUUCGAAGCGUUUGUACAAAACAAGACGAGUUAUACGAUGAAAGAGAGUGAAGUAGUGGAUGAAGGCGGGUCGAAUCGAGCGCUCCCGUAUGUAUUUAUUUUUCUAGCUUCUCCCAUUUUUCUAGUGUUACUAAUUGCUGCUUCUAGGAUGCAUUAAAUAAGUUUUUUUUAUUUUUCAUUUUCUUUUCAAAUGUAAAUAGGGUCCAAAAUCAAUAAUAAUGUCAAGAUUUAUAUUUUCUUGUAACAACCAAAAUCUUGAUUAUUCAAACAAAUGAACCUUU